AUGAUCGGAGAAAGGGAGAUGCAGAUGCUAGGCGCCAGUAGUAGUGAGGACGAUGACGAUGAUUUUGUGAACGAGGAACCAGAUUUGACGUACUCGUUGAAGAAGCGAUCAGUGCUUGGCCAGCUCUCACCACGUUCGGCAUCGCCGGCACCAUCCGAUUCCGUUAGCCAGACAAAUUUCAACUGA